AUGCCUCAACAAAAUAGGGUAUACCUCGGCCAACAUCACAAGAACAUACAGGUUCCAGAUUGCGGCUUCGUCGACCGGGCUCGACUUAGGCUCGUGGCUGACCGAAAGGCUCGUGGUUGCGGUCUGUCGGGGUGUUACAGCUCGGUUCUAAAGAGUUCGAUUUCUGGUCAUCGAGGACUCGUCUCAGCCGCACGAGGGUCGGGUUCGGGUCUGCCGUUGCCGGAAAUUGGAGUUCUUCAACCGCCAGAGCUCGUCGGGGCUCGCGAAGGUCGUUUCAGCCUCGAGUUAAGGGCUACUCCCACGUUCGAGGCCCGGUCUGCUGCUCUUGCCGGAAUAUCUGGUGGCUCUCGUUUCGAUAACAAACGGCCGCCCUUGGUUGUUCCUCUGUCAGGUCGCUCGUCAGCCUCGCAAGAAAUCACCUCAUCGUGA